UCACCUAGCCGUCCGAGGUUCGAUUCUCUGAAGGGGUUUCCUCCCACAGUCAGAUCCCUCGCAUGCUUACAACAGAACGAGGAAUACUGAUAAAGUGACAGACCACCACACCAGCGAUGUCCUCCAACAGGAAUACCGUGGACGGUGGUUAUGCGUGGGUCAUUCUGAUCGCGUGUACCCUCUUGUACAUGACGUUAGUUGGCACGUGCAAAGCGUUUGGUAUCCUGUACAACGAAUUCCUAGAGAAGUAUGACGCUGGUGCUGGAAAUACAGCCUGGAUUAGUAGUCUUAUGUUCUUCCUCUGCUUCGCUCUAGGACCUCUGGCUAAUUAUCUCGUUGGAGUUUUCUCGUUUCGGGCUGUGGUCAUGUUUGGCGGGCUUCUCGUGUCUAUCGGCUACUUCAUCAGUGCCUUUGUGCCACGAAUGGAGUGGAUGUUUCUGACAAUCGGAGUGAUCUGUGGGUUUGGCAGUGGACUUGCAUUUGCUCCUUGUGGAACUAUUGUUAGUUUCUAUUUUGUGAAGAGACGGGCACUUGCCAAUGGGAUAAUGGUAUCGGGUAGCGGACUUAGUAGCUUUGUAUUCCCGUACCUCUAUCAAUACUGUAUCGAUACAUUCAGUGUCACCGGAGCAAUGAUUAUUAUCAGUGGUGUUAUACUUCACAUGUGUGUAGCUGGCGCCCUCUUACGACAGCCCCUGGAACUAACAGAUAACCAUACUCCAUUUGAUCAAAGUACAGUUGACGAAAAACAAGGUCACAAAGAGACUCGAACAACCGAAAAAACCUGUAAUGUUUACCUGAAAUUACUGCGUAAUACACGCUUAACAAUGUUUAUUAUGGUGUUUACAAUAAAUAUCUUGGCAUACGCAGCAAACUUCGUGGCGUUUCCUGCGCAUAUGCAGUCUCUUGGAUUCCAUGAAAAUGAAGUAGCUUUGGCAUUUUCUAUGAUCGGAGCGGCUGAGGUUUUAACGAGAGCUUUAUUUGGCUGGUUCGCAGACAAGAAAUACAUAUCAAACAGCGUAAUAAUGAUAUUCUCAGGUGUAGCGAGUGGUACUGCUGCUAUUUUGUUACCGUGUUUUAAGACAUUUCCCGUCAUGGUGGCGUACGGGUUGGCGGUAGGAAUAUUCCCGGGAGCCUUUUGGAGUCUGAUGGCCGUCGUUCUAUUGGACUGUGUGCCUCUGAUUGAGCUGACGUCAGCCUUUGGUCUGCUCUAUAUAUUCAUGUCCUCAGCGAUAGCUUUCAGCCAACCGGGAAUGGGCUGGAUCGAAGAUGCUACUGGUGACUGGAAUUUAUCUUUUAGGAUGAUGGGAACCUUUCACUUCCUAACGACGGCCAUUUUACUGGCUGAGCCUUUGAUUUUAAAGUUAUUUUGUUAUGAUUUUGGUGACAAAGAGAAAAGAGAUGAUCAUGAGGAAGAAAUUGAAGAAUAUGUUAGAACUAGCGAUAUAGCUCGGCGAUCUUCUACAAUUCGUCAUGAUAAUUAUGAUUCUAAAGAACAUGUUAAAGUUUCUUUAAUACGUGAAAGGGAUAUUAUUGCAGAAAAUGAAACAAAAUCCUCACAUCCGACUUCAAAAGAUGACGACCGUUCAGAACUGCUGGCACCUAUUGCAGCUACAGAAGAGAUUGAUGUAUGA